AUGUUCCUGGUGUUACAGUGCUCCAGGAGUGUGCUACAGGGGCCCAGACUGGCUGAGGCUCACAGCCCCAACGCCCGAGAGCGAGAGGCUACCAUGCGCCGAGCUCGCUCUGCCCGGGGCCGCUGCAUUGAGGAGCUGGCAGCAGUCGCAUCUGAACACACCCCAAAGAACACGGAUGCAUUUGUGGUGGUGUUUUCCUUGUUUUCUGAGUGGAUGGUGCAUCUCUCUGAGGAAGCUGCUUCCGUUUUGAAUUGAAAGAAGAAACACUUGGACUCCUCCCAGUUUGUGGAGCUACUUGCCCCUCAGGACAUCAGCGUGUUCUAUAUGCACACUGACCAGUCCUGUCUCCCACUUUGGACCAUGGAAACCCAAUCAUCGGUGUCAUUUAUCCAUGGGUUUCAGAGCAGUGUGCCUUUGUUGGGUUACUUACUUCAAGAUUUGAUUGGAACAUCCAUCUUGAUGUAUUUGCAUCCAGAACACCACCCACUUAUAGUUGCCAUUUAUUGGAAGAUCCUGAAGUUUGCAGUCCAGCUGCCUUUUGAACAGUUACCUGUUAGACUCUGUACUUAGAAUGGAGAUGUCAUCCUAGACACCAGCUGUUCCAGCUUUGUGAAACCCUGGAAUAGGAAGGUCAUAUUACUGUUGGCUGGC